AUGUCACAUUCAAGUGUACCAUGGUAUUCAACGAAGACUUUUCGUCUAUGUUCAAUGUUAGCUUUGAUAUUUCUUUAUUUCAUUGUUGAAAUUGUUAUUGGACACAUAACACAUAGUUUAGCCUUGAUAGCUGAUUCAUUUCAUAUGUUGGCUGAUGUUUUAUCGCUAUUAAUCGGACUUUAUUCUGUAAGGCUAUCAAAAAAACGUUCAGACAUAAACACAUACGGAUGGGUUCGAGCUGAAGUAGUUGGAGCUAAUAUUAACACCGUUUUCCUGUUGGCACUUUCGCUAACGAUCUUAUUUGAUGUUAUACAACGGUACAUAACCCCCGAACCAAUUAGAAAUGUCAAUAUGCUUUUGAUAACGGGAUGUGUUGGUCUCGGAAUUAAUAUUAUCGGCAUGUUUCUAUUUCAAGGCUUUCAUGGACACUCUCACGGUGCAGGGAGUCAUGGAGAUUCACAUGGAGGAGGAAAGAGCCACGAACAUUCUCAUUCAACAGGAGAUAAACGGAAAGAACAUGGACACUCACAUGGUGGCCAUAGCCGUGAUAGCCACGGCCAUGGUAAUGAUAACCCUGCCCAUAUACCAGACGUAGAAACACCACAAAAACGAACGAGACAUGAUAGUACAGGCGCCGAAAUUUUUAAUCAUAUAUCAAAUGUAACAGAAUUCAAACGACAUAGUUCAAGAGCACUCGAAGAGGCCAUUGGUGAUAUUGUAGAGCAAAAAGAACCAGAUACGAUUAUCGAUAUUCCAGCAUCAGCUUUAUCUCCUGCUCACAAAAUCGAUCGUAAAUCCGAAGAUAAACACCAAAAAUCAUCAAAACGUACAAAACGUGCUUCGAUGAACAUGCAAGCUCAAUUUCUUCAUGUCUUUGCCGAUGCUCUUGGCUCAAUCGUUGUCAUAAUAAGUGCUUUAAUCGUGAAAUUCGUUCCACAUGAUCCGAACAACACUCAUCAUUGGACAGUUUAUAUCGAUCCGACUCUUUCUGUAAUCAUAAUUAUCAUAAUCACCAUAUCCACCAUUCCCUUCUUCAUUGAAACAUCGCUCGUCUUGUUGCAGUCCAUUCCAAAUAACAUCGAAGUGGUGAAACUUCAACGAGAUUUGCUCAAAGAAAUACCAGAAGUCGAUGGAAUUCAUGAAUUGCACGUGUGGCGCUUAACUGGAGAGAAGAUAAUAGCUAGUGCGCACUUACAUCGUCGUUCUCUUUCCAAUUACAUGUCCGUUGCUGAUCGUGUUAAACAUUUUUUUCAUAACAAAGGUAUUCAUUCAACAACGGUUCAAUACGAAUGUCCAGAUGAGGACAGAUCGAAUUCCGACCAAGAACAGGUGACUGAAUGUCUUUUGAGAUGUGAAAAUGAUGACUGUGAUACGCAGACAUGUUGUACAAAAAACGUUAUUAAUCAUAAUGCGUUGACUAACCCAGACACAACGUCUAAUGGGUUCACCGACAUAAUACAAAGAGAAAAGAUCCCUCAGAUUACGAUUGAAGAGGCAAAACCAAAUGAAGACGGAAAACGUCAGCAUCAUUACGGGCAUUCUCAUGACCAGGAUCAUUCAGAAACAAGAGUUAUAAUACACGACAACGAACACGAUCAUAGUUUGCAUUUAUAUUGA